CGCCGCCGCCGCUGGCAGCGCCGCCUGAACUGAGGCGAACUCCGCCGCCAAGUGAGUGAGGAGGAGGAGGAGGAGAAGGAGGAGGAGGAAGAGGAGGAGCGCAGUCAGAGCGCGGCGGCAGCGGCAGAGGCGCCGCGGCGGGGACCAGCCCAGAGAGACCCCGAGCCCGCGGCACAGGCGGCGGCGGCGCUGAGCGGGCGCGACCAUCUGAACGAGCGGCGGCCCCGGCUCCUCCUCGUCCGGCGCCAGCGGCCCGCGCCCGCACUCGGCCCGCCGAGACCCGCCUCCCGCCCGCCGGCCUCGUGAGGGACGCGCCGAGCCGGCGGCCGAGAGCGCGCGCCGGAGCGCGUCGGGCCGGCGGAAAGUGCCUGCGGGGGCGGGCGAGCGCGCGGCCGGCCGCCCCGGGCCCGGGCGGAGCCGGGAGCGGGAGCCGUCGCGGAGUGGGACGCCGAGUCCCGAGCGGCCGGCGGCCGGGGCUCGCCCCCGCCCCUCCCUCCUCUCCGGCGGCGGCGGCGGCGGCGGCGGCGGGCGGAGUGAGCUGCGGAGCCUGGAAUAUGGUCGGGGAAAUGGAAACGAAGGAGAAGCCGAAGCCCACCCCAGAUUACCUGAUGCAGCUGAUGAACGACAAGAAGCUCAUGAGCAGCCUGCCCAACUUCUGCGGGAUCUUCAACCACCUCGAGCGGCUGCUGGACGAAGAAAUUAGCAGAGUACGGAAAGACAUGUACAAUGACACAUUAAAUGGCAGUACAGAGAAAAGGAGUGCAGAGUUGCCUGAUGCUGUGGGACCUAUUGUUCAGUUACAAGAGAAACUUUAUGUGCCUGUAAAAGAAUACCCAGAUUUUAAUUUUGUUGGGAGAAUCCUUGGACCUAGAGGACUUACAGCCAAACAACUGGAAGCAGAAACAGGAUGUAAAAUAAUGGUCCGAGGCAAAGGUUCAAUGAGGGAUAAAAAGAAGGAGGAGCAAAAUAGAGGCAAGCCCAAUUGGGAGCACCUAAAUGAAGAUUUACAUGUACUGAUCACUGUGGAAGAUGCUCAGAACAGAGCAGAAAUCAAACUGAAAAGAGCAGUUGAAGAAGUGAAGAAAUUAUUGGUACCUGCAGCAGAAGGAGAAGACAGCCUGAAGAAGAUGCAGCUGAUGGAGCUUGCGAUUCUGAAUGGCACCUACAGAGAUGCCAACAUUAAAUCACCAGCCCUUGCCUUUUCUCUUGCAGCAACAGCCCAGGCUGCUCCAAGGAUCAUUACUGGGCCUGCGCCUGUUCUCCCACCAGCUGCCCUGCGUACUCCUACGCCAGCUGGCCCUACCAUAAUGCCUUUGAUCAGACAAAUACAGACCGCUGUCAUGCCAAACGGAACUCCUCACCCAACUGCUGCAAUAGUUCCUCCAGGCCCCGAAGCUGGUUUAAUCUACACACCUUAUGAAUACCCCUACACAUUGGCACCAGCUACAUCAAUCCUUGAGUAUCCUAUUGAACCUAGUGGUGUAUUAGAGUGGAUUGAAAUGCCAGUCAUGCCUGAUAUUUCAGCCCAUUGACUUGCUGGAUGAAGGACUAGAAUACAGCAGCUGUUAUAACACGACCAGUCAAUGUGGAACAAACUUUCUGUGCAACCCCUUUGUUUUACCAGACAGAAUUUGAAUACUUUUUUUCCCUGAAUUGUGUAUGACCUUGGUGCUGCAUGCAUUCUGUUGACUUUUAAGACUUUGAUCUUUUAAGGGUUUUUUUCCAGCAUUAAUCUUGAUUUAUAAAAAUUUGAAAGUCUUUAAUGAACUGGGACACCAAGAUUUAAACUCAAAAAUUCAUUGUUCAGUUAAAACCACAAUGCUCUGUAUGUUAUCUGUGUGUGUGCAUGCACUCAGGUGCCUUUUGUUUUAUCAACAAAUACAUUUUAUUGUACAUGUUUUCCGUAUAUCUCUAAAUCAUUGUAUAAAGUAAUUACAGGUCAGAAUUAUACCACAUAUCUGUUUAUGAGAGGCUUGUUUCUGUUGCACAUUUCUUGAAGCAUUUUUAAAAUAACAUGUAACCUAUAACCUUGUUUAAGUUUUCCUUUCUAUUAAUACUCUGUCCUGUGGUCCUGUGCAUGCUCCUUCCCCCAGAACUCCUCUCUGCUGCACCCACAGCAUCUGUUCCCGAGGAGUUUGACUCUUGACUUCUUACAGUGCUGGGACUCUUAGGCACCAGCUGCUGUUCCAGAACUUUCAAUGCAAGAUCUCCUUGAUUUUGCCACAUGGAAUUAUACUUGUAUAUGAAUAGCUUAUCUAAAAUAAAUAAGGGGUGAUGGACCAGUUUACUGCUUAGAAACAGCAAGAGGCACUGCAGUAAAAUUUAUUUCUCAUUAUAAAGCAACAUGUUUUUUGUUUUGUUGGGAAAUUUUUAUUUAUAAAAAAUUACUAGACUGGCAAAAUAAAGACCAAAAUAUAUAGAUCCCUAAUUGGCAUUCAUAAGGUGAAUAGUAAUGAGUACUAAAUGGAAAAAUCUCAUAAUCCGUUUCAUUUCUUGCUUUACCACCUAAGCAGUAAAAUAUAAUAUUGACUACUUGGAGAACUGAGAAAAUUAUAUUAAAUUGCAAAGUUAUAAUAAAUUUGCACACAGAUAACAUGCAUGCUAUAUAUCAAGUCUCACAUUAAAUUAUUUUAACAUAAGCAGUGCCCUUCAAAACAGAUGCAGACAUGUGUGUUGGUAGUAGUGAGGAGAUUGGUAUUAGCAUCAAAUCUUCAUUGAUGACUAAUUUUUAAUUCCCUUCCUUUUAUCUUUAGGUAUGGCUUUCCCAACGAAAGGCUAAGAAUUCAAGAACGGUCUUAACUGAACCCUCAUCAGAUCUGAAUUUAACAAAUGCUUAGUCUCAGCAGCCUCCGGGGGAAAAAAAGCUUAGCCUAGCAGUCAGUGACUUACUUGCACUUUUUGCACAUAGAUAUAAAGUAAAAUUAUGUUAUUAAUUUGGUUUAGUCUGUAAUAUUACAAAGUAAUGGUAAUUUAUAAAGGAGUGUAUAGUAGUAUACUGACUGCUAAGUGUACUAUACUGUUUGCUUUACUAAUCACCUAAUUCAUUGCAGUUCAUACUUAUUGACUCAAAGUUUAAAACCACAAUCUGUAGGCUUUAAGAAUUGCUUUUAAACCUUUUUAAGUGAUAAACUCUGGAAGUGGUCUUAAGGUUAGCAAAUAAUUGUCAGUAUUAAACACGGCAUUAUUUAAUUAGUCCUGCUGCAAGAAAGGCACUUCAGUGAAUAUGUGACUAGUAAAGCUUAAAUGUGUUUGGAUCUAAUAGAGUUCAUGAAAUACUGUAACUUGGGGAUUGUAAAUGAAUGGAUAAAAUAGGUUAAGGCCAAGAUGUUUGAAAUGAAUGCAAUAUUAAUAGAUGCAUAUAUACGUGACAUAUUAUGGUUAAUUUUAAAACUACUGUGCCUUAACUUGUUUCUUAAACUUUUGUAGUAAAUGAACAUUUGAAAUCCAUUUUGAUAAACGUGCUGUUAAUGUUUUUCCCCCCUUGUGAAUGUUUUCUAACUUUGUCUUGGUAAUUACAAUUUAACUAGGUGCGGUGGCUACUAAAGUUCGAAGGCACGAUAUGCGUGUCCAUCCUUACCAAAGGAUUGUGACCGCAGACCGAGGUUAGUUUAGUUCUGCAGUUCUUGUUUAUAAAGAAAUGCGUUGGGUGUCCGUAAAAUUUGCAACACCACACCUGAUGGAAAAAAUGUAACUGCUUACCUGCACACAGUUUCUUUUCCUUUUCUAAAUUCAUUUGUAAUAAUGGACAGAUUUAAGGGUUGGUUUUGUUUUGUUUUUUCUCCCUUCAUAUUUUAACUUAUUAAAUCUUCUAUUAUUAUACACUAUGAUUUAUUCCUACUAAAACAUAAAUUAGUCAAUUUGGGGAGCUAUUAAAUUUUGAUGUUGCCGUAAUUACUUUUCAGUAAUAACUUUUGCUAAAAUUUACCUUUUAAUUGUUCUGAAAUUUGGGGUUGGUAUUGCAAAAUGAAUUGAACGGAUGGUGCUUUAAUGAGAGAAGUAAAGGAAUAUAUGCCUCCUGUAUACUUUUGGAGAAAACUGAAGAUUUAGUUUCCAUUUUCUUUAUAAUAUUUGAGCCACUGUGUAAACAUGAGGGUGUACAUGUUUAGCACUUAGUUGAAAUCAACAAGGAAGGACUGUGAAGGUAACUUUCAUGUAGUUGAAUUUUUUAUACAUUAGAAAGUCAAUUCCCUUUUAUUCUUACAUUCUCUUGCCAAAAUGGAUCCUUUGAUUUUUGUCAUUUGCUGCUAAAAUAUAUUAUCUGAAGGUAAACUAUCUCUUGAAGUUUUGUGGUGAUAUGCGAUCCAGCUGUUUGAAUAUCCUUUUUGACUAACCUGUGACUGGAAAAUAAGUCUUCAUUUUUCUCCUUUACAACAUUUGUAAGUUGUGUCCUAUAUAUCCCCUUGGACCCUUUUAUAAAUUAUUUAUGCUUAUCGAGGAGUGAUAGUUUUCGGUUUAUUGACAUUGAAUUGUUUUCUCAGUUUUUCAUCACAAGAUAUAGAAAUUUCAAGCAUGGUAGAAAAGGAUUUUUUACAAGUUUCUGUAAUGGCAUAUUACCUACAAUUAAAUUGAUGAAAGUCAUUGAUAUUAGUGGGGAAAAGGUGAUGGAUUUAUGUUCCAAUUAUACAUCUAUAGAUUUAUGAAAGACCUACCUACUUUAUAUGGUCUCCUUGAAUACUGAUGAUAAAUAUUAGACACAACUGUUCUCCAUACGAGUAAUAAAAUGUCUUCCCAAAGACAUUAUUGAUAUUUAUUUAGCAUCAUAUAUAAUUAAAGAGCCUUGAAGACUUUUAAACUAAUAUAUGCAUUACUUGUAGUGAUUAUUCAGUGAACAAAGUUAGACCCCCAGCUCAGUGACUAUGGAGAUAAUAUGUCUUGCAAAUGUUAUAUAUGAGCAUGUGUGCCACCUCUCUUUCACCAGAGCAUGUCCCCUAGGGAUGGGGACAUUUUUUUAAAAGUCACUUUCAUUUUAAGAAACUGGAUAACUCUGUGAAUAAUUUGAAGCUUUAUUUAUAUUGCUAAUGUCUAAAAUAGUUCUGAAGAGUAUUUUAAAGUAGGUAGUUUUCCCCCCUGGUAAUCUUUCCUCAUAUGCCUCCUUUUAGGAGAUUCCUCAUAAUUUUGUUUUUAACACAAUAAGUAUUGGCCUACUUAAUACUCCAGUCCCUUGAGAUAGUUGAAAAUAUUAGAGGAAUAUUUUAUUGUAUUUGGAAAAUUACAACACAUUCCAUGCAUGGCUCUUUUGUAGUUUUAUGUGUUUUGAUUAGUCCUAUCACUGUUUUUAUUCAAAAUGCAAUGUCAGCAAACCGAAUUGCUAACUUUUUUUUUUUUUAAUAACAGAAUACUUGUAUACUUAUCACUGCAUGCACUCAUUGGGUCUAAGGGAGAUGUCCGAAGUCCUUCACUUAAAUUAUUUUAUGAUACUACUGUUUUCUCUAUUUUUGAGGUUUUUUAAAUUAUUUUUUAAAAAUCUUUUGAAGAGAAGAUUAUUAUAAGCAUUCAUUUAAUGCAAGGAAACUCAGCCCUUGGACAUAUAACCAUGUAAUUCUGUAUGAGCAAUUAGAGUACUACAUGGUUGACCAAUACCUAGUUCUUUACUAAAAAUAAACCCACCUCUAUACAUAUUUUAAAACUGAAUUUGAAGCCUAAAGACCACUGACUUUUUAGUUGUAAUGAAUUAUAAGUGGUUUUGCACAGUGAAUACACCUGUGUGUACUGUAAGAGGCCAGGACUUGGCAGAGGAUGGAUUCUAGGUGCACUGGUAUACAUAAGUGGUAGUUUGCUUUGUUUAUGUAUUCCACACUCAAAAACAUAAUCAGAAAAUUUUCUGAGUAAUUUUACAAAACUAUCAUUAAUAAUGAAAAUUUUAAGUAAUAUCAAAAAUGCUUUAAGAUUUCAUACUUUGGAAUACCUGUGAAAUAGUAUGACUACAUCAUGUUAAUAUUUAUUUUCUUUGAUUUUGGAGCAGCAGUUUUUAUUUUAAAUAAAAUUCCACUUUUUUAAAGAAAUUCAGGGAAGAUUUGGUCACAUUGAAGAUACAAUAUUUUUGUAGUAUUUAUAAACUGUUUUAAAUGAUAGACUUUAGAAAGCAUUUUUGUCAUAUGAAGGUAAAUCAGUCCAUUAUAUAGAUCAUUUAAACUCUGUGAACAUUACACCUGCUAAGUUGUGAUUGAUGAAGUGGCACAGAACCUAACUUUGCACUGAGUAUCUUUUCACUCACAUCUCCUCUGCCUUAGUUACAUGGCAACAGUACAGAAUAUUCUACCAAACCUCAGAAUAUAGUAGAAAUAAUUAAGCUGUUGAAUGAGUCUUAAAAUCAUACUACUGUUAAGUGGACCAAGUUUGGUGAAGCAGGAAUGUUAACAGGUUGAUUAAGGAAGGAACAACUCAAGGACAUUGGGAAUGAUAACUUUUCCACUUGAGAACUACUUUAUGUUUUACUGUAAUUUUUUAAUUUUUUUUUUGUUCUUUUUGUUAUUUUGCAAAAGAAAAUAGUAUUUACAGGUGGCUUCUUUUAAAAUAUAAAAAUAUAAAGCAGGAAUGUAUAUGAAAUGUCAGAUUUUAUUGUAUUUGCAGAGUAUUAGCUUUGAAAUUGAAUAAAGAAAGCUGUUUGUAGUUUUAAAAUGCCUUAUUGGUAUCAAUUAGAAAUUUCUUCUAUUUUUUGAUGUACUUAGAGCUUUUCGAGUAUAGAAUUUUAAAUGGCAGGAUUUUACAGUGUUUACAUGCAAGUGAAUUUUAUAAGUGUUCUAUAUGUGUAAAAUAGUAUUUUCAACUGGAAAAUGGUGGCUAGUGCAGAAGGCCUGGCCUUUUUCUGGUUCCCAUGAUGUUGCCUACACUGAUAGACUACAGUUUAGUAUUGCUUUGUAUCAUGAGGCCAAGAAAUUCCAUGUUGUUUGUACAUAGAAUAAUUGAAAAAGCAAUAAACAUUUAUUGAACAAAAGAAA